AUGUCGUCUGCAUUCAAAUUCGGUGUUGAGCUGGAGCUCCUCCUGUCGGGGAGAUUCGAAAACGAGUUUUCAGACCUCAAGCAAUUCGCAAACCAUGUUGCCAGCUGCUACAAUCGCCGUACGGGUCGUCAUGAUAGAAAGAUACACGAAGAUUUGGAUGGUGAUUACAAGGGCGAAGACGCGGACAAAGAAUGGUCUCUCACAGAGGACUGCACUGUAAGGGCUGAUAGGGCCGACCAAUGGCCAAUAGAAAUUGUCAGUCCUAUUCUCGUCUUUGGCACUCAAGAGUGGAGAGACGACAUCAGGAAGCUCUUCACUAAUAUCCGAUCGUUUUGCCGCAUAGAGUGCAAUGACAGCUGUGGCCUUCAUAUCCACAUCUCACCCCCGGGCUCUAGCCAAUGGAGUAUUGAGACCUUGAGAUCUCUAUGCCGGAGCCUGAUCUAUUUCGAGAAUGGGUUUCAAGUGCUGCUGCCCCAACAUCGUCGCGCGAAUUACUUCGCAGCAAGCAAUCGCUAUGAUAACCCCAGGCUCAACGGAAGGAGUUUGGGAGAUAUCUUCGAAGCUAUUGAUCAAUGUGAGCUGGGGCCCGACAUCACAGAUCUGAUGAACGACGGCGGAAAAAAAUACUUCGCUUGCAAUUUUCUUAACCUAUGGCAUGGUAGAUCAAUGACUGUCGAGUUUAGACAAGCUCCUGGUGCACCACGUGAACAAGACUGCCUUCCAUGGGUCGAGUUAAUCGUGGCGUUUGUCCACGCUGCAAGAGAUCUUGGGACACCUGGCCAGCUCAGGUCGUUCUCUCAAGAUGUGCAAGGACUUCAUCGGUUUAUAACAAGGAACCAACCGUCCGGUAUGAACCGUACCAUCUUGGACAGUCUUUUCCGGGGGAAGACGGGAGCAAUUCAUCCGAGAGCUGUCCCUCCUCCGACGGAGGGAGAGAGGUGGAUCAUAGAAGCGAAGGAAGAGGAAGACGGACGCAAGAAUAUGAUGUUGAAGAAAAUGGGGCGUGUAUUGCAACGUUGA